AUGAGACAGUUUUUGGUGAUUCUCUCAAUUUUCUUCAUUUAUGCAUGUAUUGCAUAUAAACUUCCAACUACUACCGAAGAUCCUAAAGUUUACAAUUGCUCACUAGAAAAAGGAAAUGAGUAUGCAUUUGUGAGUUUUUUUUUAUUGUAUGCAAGAAUUUAUAUUCAAAUUUUUCAGUCAAUUUUGAGUUUUGAAAUGAGCUUUCUUUUUGCUCUUCUUCUAAAGAACGCUACGAUGAUUUCAACAUCUUGUGAACAAUUUGAAAACGCAAUAUCGAACUCAACUUGUGAAUUGGUGGACAGUGAAAAGAAAAUGGAACUUUCAAAUAUAUGCGCCAAAGCAAUUUAUGAGCUGAAGGAUUUCAGUGAUUGUUCAAAAAUUCUUAAGAAAGAUAAUUCAACAUGUUAUCAAAAUGAUUUGAAGAAUCCAGUUACUUUGAUUAAAAAGAAGGUUCGUUUUUGGGUUUUUUUACGCUAAAUUUGAAAAAAAAACUGAACUUUCUCUCAGAAAGCUAACAUGACUGAUGCUUAUUACUGCAACAACGUUUUUGGAGAAGGAAAUUGUUUGAGAAAAUUGAUAAUUGACAAAUGUGGUGAAAAACAAUGGCAAGGAUACAAAACAGCUUAUUCGACUGCAGAUCCAUUUUGUGAUUUCAGUCAACUGUAA